AUGGGUCAACGCUUGGCACCUACUCUCGCCAUUACCUUCACGUCAAAGGUAGGAGCGCCAGUACUGGAACGUCCACUGCUGUACUGUCGUUACAUAGACGACUGUUGUAUCGUAUGUCCCACUCAAACUGAGUUGGACAUCUGCCUCAAUAUCCUCAAUCAGCAGUUUACAAACAUUAGUUUACUAGUGAAAGACCUAGCGAAAUUUGGCUUGCAUUCCUAA